AUGCCAGUUACCACUCGCUCCCAAGAUACCACUCUGGACAAGCACGGUAAACCAAUCCAUAUUGGCGAAACAGUUUCCAGCCGUGUUGGAAACAUCGGUCGCCAGUAUGGUACCGUGGAGGAUAUCGCUUCUACUCAAAGUGAAGUGGAGGAGGCUGGGGUAAAGAACCCGCCAAAGGUUCUGUAUACUGAUCAGCAUGACGGCGGGUUUGGUGUAGGACAUGAUGUGAACCAUGAGCCUGAGGCUCUUGUCCACGGCGAGAGGCCGUCCUAA